AUGUAUCGCGUCUCUAAUAUUUAUGUGCUCGCCGCAUUUGGUACCAUUGGCGGUGGUCUCUUUGGCUUUGAUGUCAGCUCAAUGAGCGCCUGGAUAGGCGUAGACGCCUACAAAGAAUACUUCGGAAACCCUGACUCAAAUCUGCAAGGCGGAAUAACAGCCUCCAUGUCCGCCGGCUCCUUUGCCGGCUCAAUAUUCGCAGGCUGGUUGAGCGAUUACCUCGGCCGGCGCCGCUCCCUAAUGGUUGCAUCCUGGAUCUGGAUCGUGGGCGCAAUGGUACAAUGCAGCGCGCAGAACGUCACGCAUCUCGUCGCGGGAAGGGUGGUCAGUGGACUCGCGGUCGGCAUCACCUCUUCCCAAACCCCAGUUUACAUGUCCGAGCUUGCGCCUGCGAGAAUCCGAGGCCGGAUCGUCGGUGUUCAACAGUGGUCUAUUGAAUGGGGGAUGUUGAUCAUGUAUCUUAUCGCCUAUGGUUGUGCGGUCGGGGUGUCAGGGCCGGCUGCAUUCCGGAUCUGUUGGGGCAUUCAGGCUGUUCCUGGCCUUGUUUUGUUUGUUGCGUUGUUCUUCUUCCCCGAGUCGCCGCGUUGGUUAGCAGGGAAGGAGCGGUGGGAGGAGACGCUCGACACAUUGGCAUUGUUGCAUGGGAAUGGUGAUCGGACCGAUCCUGUUGUGCAGGUUGAGUUUGAGGAAGUGCAGGAGGCCGCUCGAAUUGCGCACCAGGCAAAGGAUGUCUCCUUCCUUGCACUGUUUGGACCUAGAAUUUGGAAGCGGUCACUUUGCGGUGUGAGUGUCCAGGUUUGGCAACAGUUACUUGGUGGAAAUGUGGCGAUGUACUAUGUUGUGUACAUUUUUGAGAUGGCUGGAAUGAGCGGAAACUCGUCACUAUACUCGGCUGUCAUUCAAUAUGUCAUUUUCGUAUUUACGACCGGUGUCAUGCUCCCCUUCAUCGACCGGGUUGGACGGAGACAAUUACUACUCAUCGGAUCAGUAACCUGCAUGGCUGUCCAUGCUGUCAUUGCCGCCGUGAUGGCCACAAAGGGACACGCCGUGGAAAGUGUAAACGGCAACGCAAACUUGACAUGGGAGAUCAAGGGUGACGCUGGUAAAGCUGUCAUCGCGUUCUCAUACAUUUUCACAGCUAUAUAUGGCUUUACUUGGGCACCUACAGCCUGGAUCUAUGCCUCGGAAGUGUUCCCCCUAAAGUACCGUGCCAAGGGCGUUGGCCUCUCAGCCUCCGGAAACUGGAUCUUCAACUUCGCCCUAGCCUACUUUGUCUCUCCAGCAUUCCACAAUAUCCAAUGGCGCACAUAUGUCAUCUUCGCCGUUUUCUGCUUCGUCAUGUCGUUCCAUGUGUUCUUCCUCUAUCCAGAGACAGCCGGGCGGACUCUAGAGGAGAUUGAUAUGGUAUUCGAUACAAAUGUCAAGCCGUGGCAGACAAGUGUUAUUUCAAGCAGGUUUGAUGAGGAGAUUGGCAAGAAGGGUGACGGUGUUGAAGAAGUCGAUCAUAAGGAGGUUGUUUGA